AUGGUGGUUGAUCACCAUAGUGCUGAAGAGUUUCCAACAAUGCAGGGUUCUCUGCAGAAGAAGAGAAAGAGCAGAGAUGUCAUUUGCCAGAGUUCUGAGCAGUCCAAUGAAGACACAGAGGAAAGAAAGGGCUGCAGACAGAAGAAAUCCACAGAAGAAACGAGCACACCUGACAGAAAGAGACAACGGACACAGGUGAGCGGAGAGCCCCCAACAGGAUACAUUUAUGUGAGAGCCAAGAGAGGUCAGGCAACAGACAACCACAGCCUUACGGAAAGGGUGAGAAGGGAGAAAAUAAACCAGCGGAUGAAGCUUCUGCAAGGUAUUGUCCCUGGCUGUGACAAGAUUGCAGGAAAGAUCCUUCAGCUGGAUGAGAUAAUAAACUAUGUGCUGUCCUUGCAGCGCCAAGUUGAGGUGCUCUCCAUGAAGCUGGCUUCCAUGGAUCUCAAGUUCCGCGACUUGUUUACGGAAUCCAUUGGCUACGUAAACCAACAGCAGGUGAUGAGCAGAAAGAAUUAUAAUUUCCUGUUAGAUUGUUGUCCAAAUGGAGAGCACAAAUGA